AUGGAAUCUCAUUCCUCUUCUUCUUCUUCUUCAGCCUCUUCCACCACCACAUACUUGUCCCAAACCAUGCAACCAACAAAGGGUUCAAUCUCAAAUUCAACUUCACUUCCAUAUCAGCAAUCCUCACUCCACUCUGUUCGGAGAUCUUCGUCGAAGCCAUGGAGGAAGCCGGCAGUGGCUCCACUACCGCCAACUCCGCCAAGAAUCUACAAAGUGGACCCCAUUAACUUCAAAGACCUUGUUCAGAGCCUCACCGGCCCCCCGGAGUCUUUGGAGGCUCGAACUCUCCAAAGCGUUGCGCCGGCACCGAUUGAUGUUCAUAGAAACGCCUCUGUUCUAAACCAUGUUCCUUCUUCUGCUUCUUCCCCUGCAUCAAAAAUUAUUUCACCAUUUUCAGCCAUGUACAAGGACUUGGCUGAUACAUUGGAGCUGAGCUCUACGCCUCAUCAUCAGAAGGUGCAUGAUAGCAUGGUGGACCAGAGUUAUCCGAGACUGAACUUGCAGUCACCAUCUUCCCAUCAUUGGUUUUCCUUUCCCCUGCUCAGUCCAGGGACUCUGUCCAGCCUGGAACAGAGCACUGUGCUUUAG